AUGAGUACGAACAAUAAUGGUUCACCAUAUUUAGGAAGCAAAAUUAGUCUAGUAUCAAAAGCAAAAAUACGUUAUGAAGGAAUAUUAUAUACAAUCGAUGCUAACGAAUCAACUGUUGCAUUAGCAAAAGUAAGAUCUUAUGGAACAGAAGAUAGACCAACUGAACGUCCAGUUCCAGCUCGUGAAGAAAUAUUUGAAUAUAUCAUAUUUCGUGGUGCCGAUAUUGAAGAUUUACAAGUUUGUGAACCCCCGCAGUCAGCCGUUACACAAGAUCCUGCUAUCGUCAGAUCAUCCGAACCAACACCAUUUUCAACAGGUAGUAGAUUAACUGGAAAUUCAACUAGUCUUCCUGGUAUUAAACAAGAUCAAAUUAUCAAAUGUAAAAUCUUAUAUUUAUCUCUUUAUUUAGUUUCAUCUCAACAAAACGUUCCAUCUAGUAGUAAUGCAUUACAGAAUGCUUUAGUAACAGCAACAGCUGGUACAACGAUCUCUCCGACUUUAUUACAAUCGAAAUCCAUUGAUAGAAAUACAACAUCAAAUAAUAGUGGCAAUCGACAAACGUAUUAUAAUAAUAAUAAUACAAGAUAUAAUAAUAAUAGUCAUCAAAGUUAUAACAAUCGUCAACAAAUGAUGGGUAGUGGAGGAAAUGAAAAUUAUGGAGAUAUGAAUGAAGGUGGUUAUGGUGGAUAUGAUAAUGGUUACAAUAAUUAUGAUGUAAAUAGCUAUGGAAUGAAUGGAGGAAGAAAAGGAUAUAAUCGAUAUCAACAGAGAAGCUCGAUUGGUAAUCAACAACAACGACCAAUGCGUCAACAAUCACAACCACAACAACGUGAACGUGCAAAUUCCACUCGAGAACGAGCUAAUUCGACACGUGGUAGUCGUUCAGCAUUAAAAUUUACUGGUGAUUUUGAUUUUGAAAAAGCUAAUGCUGAAUUUGAUAAAAAUGCGAUUACAGAAGAAUUAAAAAAAAGUCUUUCGAUCAAACCAACAUCUACGACAACUAAUGUUAAAAAAGACACAUCGGAUUCAACAACGACCACUACGAUUUCAAAUUCUAAUACAAAUGAUCAAACGACAAAAUCGCAAUCACCAACAACCACAAGUUCAGAAAAUGAUGAUACAAUUCUAACAAAACAAUCUUAUCCACAACAACAAGAUAAUGUUGAUCAAAGUGGUUUUUAUGAUAAAACAAAAAGUUUUUUUGAUCGUAUCUCAUGUGAAGCAACAGAAAAAGAUAAAACCAAUGCACGUCGUAAUUGGGCUGAAGAACGUAAAAUGAAUGCUGAAACAUUUGGAUUACCUUAUCGUCCACAAACAACAGCGAGUGGUUAUCAGCAACAACAACGUGGUUUUCAACGUGGACGUGGCUCGAAUAUGUACAAUAAUAAUAAUAAUAAUAAUCGCCAAAUGUAUUAUAACAACAGUAUGUAUUAUAACAAUCGUCAAAGACCCAUGGGUGGAAAUGGAGGAUAUGAUAGAUACGAAAUGAAUGGAACUGGAGGAGGCGGUGGAUACAAUAGUUAUCGAAAUUAUGCAAUGAAUGGCGGUAUGAGAGGUGGUAGAGGUAUUCGUGCGCAAUCAUAA